GUGGAGGUUGCACAUUUGCAUCACACCCCCUCCCCCCUCCCCCACACCACCCCACCCCAAGUUAAAAAAUGUCCAUUUAAAAUGGUUGUAGCUAGGGAGUGUUGUAAUUCUAAAAUAUUGAGAGAAAUGGAAAACUUGCCCAAAUCAUCAUAUCCAAGUAUAUUGCAGAGUGAGAAUUUGACUAAGUAUAUACUUGAGAGCAGCGUUUAUCCACGAGAACAUGAAACUCUCAAAGAAAUAAGAAAUGUCACUGCAAGCUACCCUAUGGGUUUCAUGAUCAGUGCACCUGAUGCUGCUCAGCUAAUAGCCGUACUCUUGAGGUUGCUAAAUGCUAAGAAGACAAUUGAAGUUGGAGUUUUUACUGGAUACUCUCUUCUUCUCACUGCACUUACCAUUCCUGAUGAUGGAAAGAUUAUAGCUGUGGAUCCAGACAGAAAAGCUUAUGAAGUAGGACUUCCAUCAAUUAAAAAAGCAGGUGUAGAACACAAGAUUGACUACAUAGAGUCUCGAGCAUUACCAAUUCUUGAUAAACUCUUAGAAGAUCCUUCAAAUGAUGGAAAUUUCGACUUUGCUUAUGUUGAUGCUGAUAAAGAAAAUUAUUGGAAUUAUCACGAGAGGUUUAUUAAACUGAUUAAAAUUGGUGGAUUAAUUAUCUAUGAUAACACUCUUUGGGGUGGAACUGUUGCAUUGCCAGAAGAACUUGUUCCAGGUUCUUUGAGAAAAACAAGACAAGAUGCACUUGCUUUCAACAAAGCAAUUUCGAGUGAUACUCGUGUUGAGAUUUCUCUUGUUUCAAUUGGUGAUGGUUUCACUAUAUGUAGGCGUAUUCAUUGAUCGAGAUCCUCGUAAUUUCUAUGUUGUGUUAGAAUUUGGAUAUUGGUGGUCGUUUGAUCAAAAUUGAAGUGUGAAGAUUUCAAAUUUAAAUAUUUUAGUUUUUUUUUUUUGAAAAAAUAAAACAUCUAUCCAAGAACCACCGAUAUAUAUAUUAUUGAAUUCAGUGUGUUAUUGUUAUAGUUGAAGUUGCAUGUACCAAGUUUUUUUCCCCCUUCUUUUGAAUAAUGUUGCUUCCACAACUUUUCCAACUAGAAGUUGUGAGGUAAACUUUGUUUUUCUUAUUGUUCUGUAUGCUUAUUGUUGUGUACACAUAUAUUGAAGUGUGUCAUUAGUGGUGGCAUAGAUUAAAAGGGAAAAUGUGUUUUUGUAGUGUGUCAUUAAGUUUUAUCAUGGAUUUUUUUUUUUUGUUAUAAGUAGUGAUAAUUUGACUCAUAUACUUUAAACAUAGAGAAGUGAAAUUCUAAACUUUAAAUUCAAUUGUUAUA